CAGCCCCCUGCCCCGACCCCGGCCGCGGGGAGGCGGCGGCGGGAGGCGGCGGGCCGGCUGCGGGAGCGGUGCGGCGGCGAUGACUCAAACCCGCCCGGCCCGCUCUGCCCCCUCCCGCUCCCCCCGCCGGGGAGGGCUAUUAAAAGCUGCUGACGUAGGAGCGGACGGCCAUCUUUGAUGAGGGCACGGCUCCCGAUCCAUUGAAGAAGGAGACCCGCGGAGGUCAGCAGCCUCCUGUCCUUGCCUCCCAUCCAGCUGCGGCACCGAGCCACCGACCCCGCCGAGCCGCGCUCCGCCAGCCCAGGCUCACAAAGCAGCUGAGUGCAAAUCCUGAUCCGCAGCGUCCCCAAACACCCCCACAGCUAAAAUGGCGGAAGACGCGGAUAUGCGCAAUGAGUUGGAAGAGAUGCAGCGGCGUGCCGACCAGCUCGCUGAUGAAUCCCUUGAGAGCACCCGCCGAAUGCUGCAGCUUGUUGAAGAGAGUAAAGAUGCUGGUAUCAGGACUUUGGUUAUGUUGGAUGAGCAAGGAGAACAACUCGAUCGUGUUGAAGAAGGCAUGAACCAUAUCAACCAAGACAUGAAGGAGGCCGAGAAAAAUUUAAAAGAUUUAGGGAAAUGCUGUGGCCUUUUCAUAUGUCCUUGUAACAAGCUUAAAUCAAGCGAUGCUUACAAAAAGGCCUGGGGCAAUAAUCAGGAUGGUGUUGUAGCCAGCCAGCCUGCACGUGUCGUAGAUGAACGGGAGCAGAUGGCCAUCAGUGGUGGCUUUAUCCGCAGGGUAACAAAUGAUGCCCGGGAAAAUGAAAUGGAUGAGAACCUGGAGCAGGUCAGCGGCAUCAUUGGCAACUUACGUCACAUGGCCUUGGACAUGGGCAACGAGAUCGACACACAGAACCGCCAGAUUGACAGGAUCAUGGAGAAGGCUGAUUCCAACAAAACCAGGAUUGAUGAAGCCAACCAGCGUGCAACAAAGAUGCUGGGCAGCGGUUAAAUGCAGAGAAGUGCAUUUCCUUUUAAUGCUGUCCAGCAGGGCAGCACCUUCAUGCUUUUAUCAUGGUAUUUAUCUACUAGGUUUGCACACAUGCACAUAUCAGCCCCAUUGUAAAUGUUGUCCUGUGUAGUUUGUCAGCUUUCCAAAAAUGAUACUUGUAAUUAUUUUUUUCUAGAUAUCUUUCUUUCCAAAGGUUGUACAUAGUGCUGAUUUGAUGGCUAUAGCUCACUAUGAUGUUUUUUGGGGUUCUUCCUUUCCUUUCCUUGUUUCUGUUUUGGAUUCCUUUCCUUUUUUUUUCCUUCUCAUUUUUCUCUUUUUUUAAUGAUGUUUGCUGAAUGACAACACUGUUGGAAUGCUAAACGUGCUGUUAACCUUUAAAUAUACAGUAUUGUUCUUGUAAAACUGUGACAUUCCACAGAGCUACUGCCAUGCUCCUGUCUUUGGGUAUCAUGACGUUUAAGCACUUAAACCUGCUGUCUUCAGUUCUUCAUUGCCAUUAUCUGUUGUUAUGAUUUCAUGAUUAGACAAUGUGAAAUUAUAUUACUAUAACAAGCAUUGCACUAAAAAGUGAUGUGAUUUAUGCAGUUAUGCAUGAGGAAUAAAUAGACUUUUAGACUCCUACUUAAACAAGAAUUUUCCCAUGGCAGUAGCACACCAACAAUGACAACAAAAGCAUGCUCAGUAUUCGGACUCUUUUGGGACUAUGUUAUACCAGCAAGUUUGCAGUUGUGCCACUUUUUCUUGUUGAUAUAUAUAUAUAUAGUUAUUAAUCAUGAUCAUUUUUUUAAUUAUGAAAAAAAAGAGGGAUUUGGCACUCACCAUUUAGCCAUUGCCAGCAAAAUAAAAGCAUGGCUGAAAAUAUGUCAAAGACAAAAAGAAAUAAGUGUAAUAUAUUGGGUUUGUCUGCUGCUUUUGAAGACUAUCUUUUGGAGGAAACAACUACCAUAUGAAAUGGUGCAAAGAAAUGUAAUUUUUAUAAGGCUCUCUCUUACUAGUCGCUAUCCCCAUGUGGUUUGUUAUCAGUACAGUUCUCUGUUGCUUACCUAGAGCUAUGCACACCAAAUCGCUGAGAUGUUUAGUAGCUGACAAUUAAAAGUAAUUAAAAAACCUAAAUGAAUGAACUCUAGAUAAACUGUGAGAUAAAUAUAAUUUACAGCAUGUAAUAUGAAAAUUCCUUAUGUCUCCUGUCAGUUUGUGAAGUGAUUGACAUUUUGUAGCUAGUUUAAAGAUUAUUAAAAAUUAUAGAUCUCAGAA